AUGGAUUUUGAAUUGUUACCUAAUGAAAUUUUACUUGAUUUAUUCGAUUAUUUUGAUGGUAUUGAUCUUCUUCGUGCAUUUUAUAGUCUCAAUUAUCGAUUUAAUGAUCUUCUCUACAAUCAAUUUCGAUUGUAUCGCUUUAACUUUUCUUCUAUUUCUAAACGUGAUUUUGAUAUGAUAUGUCAACAACACUUACCAUUCAUUACUCAACGAGUUAUUUCUCUUAGUCUUACUGACAAUUAUAAUAUCCCUGAACAAGCUAAUCUCUUUCUUUCUUAA